ACAAGUUUUAAGCAAAAUCACAAUCUUCAAUUAAAAAAAAUGGAGGGGAAAAUCACAAACUGGUCAGCUGAGAAUGCAACCAAAGCCUACCUUAAAACCUUAAAAAUGGGAAUUAAGAGACCAACUGAACCAGAUAUAUCAGAAUUCAUCUCAGCAAUAGCUGCAGGAAACAAUGCGCAGCUAAUAGUAGUCACGAGCGGUGAGGAAACAAGCCUCACCACUCUGCUAGCCCUAUUAGCUGCAGCUUAUCAAACUGGAGGUCGAGUAAUUUGCAUAUUUCGUGGCCUCCAAGAGUUACAAUCAACCAAACAAGCCCUAAGUCAUGAAAACUCGACUGAACUUGUCGAGUUUGUGAUAGGAAAUCCUAUAACCCUACUCCUUGAAGACUAUAAAGAAGCCGAUUUUGUGUUAAACGAUUGUAAACUUAUCAACCACGAGUCAAUUCUUCGAGCAAUGCAAAUGAAUUGUAUGAAGAAGUGUAAGGGAAGUAUAAUUUUGGGGUGUAAUGCAUUAUGUUCGAGUUCGAGUUCGAGUUCGAGUUCAUGGCAAUGGACAGGGUUGAAGACUCAAUUGUUACCAAUUGGGGAAGGUUUGUUGGUGACUAAAAUGGAAAAAGGUAAUGAGAAGAAAGAACAAAGGAGGUGUGGUAGUUUUGGGAGGAAGAGUCAUUGGAUUAAGAGAAUAGAUCAGCAUACAGGAGAAGAACAUGUAUUUAGGGUUAGAUGCCCUAAUGGAAAGGAUAUGGAUGAUUAAGUAUGGAUUACUUGAUUAAUUAAUCCUAAUUAGAAGAACCAAAGGUCUUGUUUUUAAUGCAUUGGUUCAUGUCAUGAAGUAUAAUAUAUAUAUAUAUAAUAUAUGGUAGUAAAAUUAUGAGAUUAUUUGAAAGAUUUUGAGUUAAUUUGUAUAUAAUUUUAUGUUAUAAGUAUAUAUAUGAUGCAAGAGUUAGAA